AUGUUCAAAUCAUCGACCACCAGUUCUGACGUGGCACCGCGAGAAACCAUAAUGACCUUCUCAGGAGAUCGACACGAGCUGCAACCUUCAGGAAUUCUUCAUUCUUCCAGUCAAGCUUCAACGCACGUGACUGCAGCAAAAUCCACAGUAGUACCAUCUCCUCCAACUCAGUUGUCAUUAUUGACUUCAAUUCUAAGGUCUGGAAAGCGGCCUUCUGUGUCACCCAACUCCUCAGAACAAUCAAAACCAGUUUCUUCCACAACAUCCCUGAUCGCCAUUGGUUCACAAUCACCUAGCAAAUUUCCAGUUCCUACUACUCUACAAGUAUCAUCUUCCUGUCCAAAAGCAAAAGCAUUUUCUCCCACUCCUCGGACGUCUCUGCCAUAUUCUUCUGGAAAACUUGCGGAAGUUUCUUCGAUCUCCUCAAGAUCCUUAACCACUCUUUCAUCCCCAGAGCCUGGAAAAAAUACUCUUCAUUGCUCAUUUACAUCUUUAUCUCAAAAACAUGGAAACACUUCCACGGAGUCAACGGAAACUUUACCCAGCUUCUCAUCCGUAAAAGAUCAUGCUGAUUACUCAAGGCUGAGCAAUUCUACACCCACAAUGAUAUCAUUGUCACAUGCUACAAAGCCCCCUACCUUACCCCUUUGUCCCUUCCCAAGACAUGGACAACUUCCUCCCAGCACAGGACAACUUACUUCAUAUCGUUUUUCACCAAUCAGUUCAUUCUCCCCAGCGCAAAAGAUAGAGCCUCCUUUAUCAGAUCUUACUUUACCCUCUGAAGGAUCCAGUAAAAUUUCCCCCACACCUCAUUAUUCAAACUUCAGUUACUAUCCUGGAGAAAUUGACACUCUGUCUCUUGCUCCAAAGGUUUCUUCCCUUUCUCCUACUGCAAGACCCUACAAUAUUUCUUCUAUAUCAGAACAGUCUGUUCCAUCUCCCACAGCCUCCAUGUCGUCUUCAUCCACUCAAGUUAACUCCUCACCACAGUCUGGUUCCCUCACUCCUACUCCAUUGAAUGUAAAUUCUGUUUUGUCUACACCAAGAUCAAUUUCUGUUUCUUCUACCCAAAAUCAAAUUGUGCCUCACUCUUCAUCAUUAGGAUUGAGCUCCCAUUCCCAUAUUCCAAAUUAUUCUUUCUCACAAAGACCGUCUAGCCCAGGACAGUUAUCGUUCCACCUUUCUCCUUUCUCUAGAUCCAAUGCUAAUGUUAUCAAUCCAGCUCACCCUACAGCACAGAUCUCUAACCCACGACUUGAAAUAACAACAACAUCUAGCUCAGCCCAAUCCCCUCCUCCACCAUCACAUUUCUCAAGGUCUGGUACAAAGUCUCCAACACAAUCUUUAUCCUAUUCUACUGAGAUCGAGCCAAAGAAACCACAAAAGUACAAGAUCAAGUCAAGUUAUAAGGCUUUUGCAGCAAUACCAACAAACACACUGCUUUUGGAGCAGAAGGCCAUUGAUGAAGCAAUCAGUGACUCUGAGGAAUCUGCAGCAGCUGGCACAUCUGAGAAAACCCACUCACAAUUUCUACUUGAAUCAGAGAGUCUCAGGCAGCAGACUGAGGAACUGUAUGCUACUAUUGAACAAUUGCUCGAGGAUCCACUGCCAACGCGUUCCUCAAGUUCUACUCCCAACUCCUUGCAGAAGCUUCAGUACUCAGAAGCGUACAAACCCAUUAAUCCUGCACCAAAAUCAGCUGGGAGAGAAACCAAAUAUGCUAACCUCCAUCUGUCAGCAUCAGAAUCCACUGAGAAUCGGCCUACUAGACCUGGUGUGAUUCGUCCAAUUACUGCUGUUCAGAAGGUGUCUGCAGUUCCAAAGAUUGAAGAAACCUGUCAUACCCUGUUUAGAAAGCACCCUGAAGAAUUUGGUGACACUGAGCCACGUCACUCAAUAACCACAAUCCAUGAAAACGAAGCUCUGGGGAUCAAUGAGCUCACUGAUGCGAUAACAGAACUGAACAGGGAUCAGUAUCAAAGUCAAAAUGGACAAAGGGGACUUGAGACAUCAGUACCACCAAACUCUGACUAUAACCAGGAAGCACUGGUGAUCUUGGAAGAACAGUAGGCAAGCUGUCAAAUCAUGAGCAAAGGUGUAAGACUCCAACUUGCCAUAUGUUGUUUCACGAAGUAACAUAUCACCUUACUGCAUGUCAAAGGGCUUCUUUACUGUAAAUUUGUAUUUUCAAAUUGAUAUUUUAUGAAAUCAGUAGUUAGCAUACACCAUUAUUUAAAGGAAAGUUCUGUCAUGAUCGACUAAAGUCAUUUAUUUUGUAUAUCAAAAUCUUUCAAAACAUCAGAUUUGUCACUGACAUACAUUGUACUAAUUCAGUAUUGCUAA